CAAGCCGUCACAAACUUGCUUUUGACCGAUGCGUAUCACUGAUGAAGUGCGAGGAGUUGUUGUGGUGUGGCUGUGUCUGUGACUGUCAUGCGAGGCUUAGUCGGUAUUCCCAGCCCACCUUCGUAACUGUGGUGUCUAACGAUACGAAGGAAGCCUAUCCAAGUUGUUGAAAAACUGCAAGUAAUUGGUACAUUCCCACCUUCUACCGAUUACCCGGUUUACAUCCGACCAUGAAGUUUGAGUAUGCUAGUCUCACAUUGGUGGAAGAUCUUGCUUGGCACCAGGUCUGUAGGGUACUUAGUAUGAGGACUACACAUCGACUCCAUAACUCAUACGGGAAAACAGUCCCUAGCAAAUCCUCACGAAACGCACCAGCCCAGAAUGCAUACCCAUCACAUAGAGCCUUCCAGCUCGCCAACUUUCACCAAUCCCAUCAUCCGCGGCUUCAAUCCAGAUCCGACAAUCUGCGUCGUCCCCGGUACCGCUCAAGAACCAACCCGUUUCUUCCUCAGCACCUCGACAUUUGAAUACACGCCUUCUUGCCCAAUUUACACCUCCACAGAUCUCUUGAACUGGAAACUCAUCGGCCACGCACUCACCCGCCCUUCACAAAUCAAUCUACGCACUGUCGAGCCUGGCGCCGGAUCAUGGGCGUCCACGCUACGCUACCGAACAUCGGAGAAACGGUUCUAUCUGACCACCGGUGUUUUCCAUAGAUACAGGCCUGCCACCGAUGAGCGCAUCUUCCCGCGGGGCUUCUACGUCUGGACAGACAACAUCUUUGACGACAGCGCCUGGAGCGACCCCGUUUACUUCGACAACCCGGGCUUCGACCAGGACCUCUUCUGGGACCCCGACGACGCCGACAAGGCCUACCUCAGCACGACCGUGCGCGUCGCAGACCGCAACCCCGCGUCCAAACUCAAGGACUUUGCCAUCCACAUCUCGCAAAUCGACAUCCAGACCGGCCGCACGCUGACGGCUCCGAGAGUCAUUCGACAAAGCGAGUUCGGCGUCGCAGAGGGCUCGCACAUCCUGUUCAAAGCACCGUACUACUACCUCUUCGUCGCGGAGGGCGGGACCGAGGCCGGGCAUCAGGAGUGGGUAUUUCGGAGUACGGAGGGUGUAUACGGGCCGUGGGAGUCGCAGGGAAAGCCGCUGUGGUACAACGGGCCCGACGAGGAGGUGCAGCGGACGGGGCACGCGGAUGUGUUUGAGGACGGGGAGGGGCGGUGGUGGGCUGUCUUUCUCGGAGUGCGGCCGCUCAAGGAUGGGGAGGGGACGUGGCUGGAGCCGCAGCUGGGGCGCGAGACGUUUCUUGUGACGGUGGAGUGGGUCAAUGGGUGGCCGGUUUUCAACGAGGGGGGAAACGUGAGGCUGGUGACAAAGGGGCGGGACGCGGUGGUGCAGGAGAUUGAGGAGAAGCGCGCGGGGGAGGCCCCGGUCAAGUGGACCGCGGACUUGAGCGGGGAAGAGCUGGAGCUGGGUUGGUACCAGAGAAAUACGCCGCUGAAGAAGUGCUACGAGCUCCUCCGAGAGCGUCCGGGAAGGCUUCGUCUGUGGGGAAAUUGCUACAAUCUCUCCUCGCCAGAGGCGCCUGCGAUGCUGCUGCGAAAACAAACCGAGUACCGCGAGUCCUUCCACGCCAAGUUGGAGUUUGAACCCAAUAGGCCGGGCUACGAAGCCGGUAUUGUGGUGUACUGGAGUCCUUUUUCAUACGCCACCAUCGGCAUCGGCUGUGUUCAGGACGGCGACAGCUAUCUUAAGACCAUUGUGUGUCGAAGACCCGAGGGACAGGCAGGGGGUUUCAGUGUGAUCCAACAUGGCCCUUUCCCCAUGGAUCGCACCGUGCCACUGGGCGUCGAAGCGCAUGACGGGGUGUAUAGGCUGUAUGCGAAGUAUGGAGAUGAAGAGUACGUCCCGGCUCAAAAAUCCACGUUCACAUCGAAAGAGCUCGCCAUAACGCCGCCUGUCGGGAUGUCUUUUACUGGUGCCAUGUUUGGCUUGUAUGCGUUUGGGAACUGGGAGCCGGUUCUGGUGCCUGCGGACUUCUCGGAUAUACAUGUUACAGAAACGACGCUGGAUCUAGAGAUUGCGGAUUUUUCGAGUGAGGAACUUCAUCGGAAGAAGGAGUGA